AUGGCUUUUUGGAAAGCUGUUUUGAGCGCUGCCCUGCUUUUCGAGCGGGCGCAUGCAUUCGAUGUCGAGGGCAUGCUUGCGGCGCCUCGCCGAAGCAAUGCGAACGUCAAUCCUAGCGGGGAAUUGGCCCUCUUCUCCUCGACGAGCUACAACUGGACCGCCGGCAAGUCGAAAACUACUUGGCACUUCCUCGAUGUGAAGAGCGGGAACAUUAGCGACGCGCCCAUCGACUCUGCAGUCUCGGAGGUUGUCUGGGUCGGUGCUACGAACACUAGUGUUUUGUACAUCAACGGGACGAACGAUGAGGUUCCCGGUGGUGUGACACUGUACACGGCUGACUUUGGCGAGGAGGAGUUUGCACCCAAACUUGUCGCAUCUUUGAAUGCACCUUUCUCUGGCCUAAAAGCCGUUCAGACCGAGUCUGGUGCAAUCAAUUUUGCAGUCAACUCACUGGCAUACAAGAACGGCUCAGCGUACAACGAGGAGCUUGCCACCGCGGCGAAGAGCACUGGCCAAGUGUACAAUGCUAACUUCAUCCGCCACUGGGACACAUAUAUCACUGCAGAGAGGUAUGCCAUCUUCUCUGGUGUGCUUUCAUCCGGGUAUGGCGGACUCUCGCUUGAGGGCGAUCUGAAAAAUCUGCUCGUGGGCAUCAAUGGUUCCAUCACGCGCCCAGAAACACCUGUGCAACCCUUUGGCGACUCGGGCGAUUAUGAUAUCUCCCCAGACGGCAGCACAGUUGCUUUUUUGACUAAAGCCCCGGAACUUCCCAAAGCCAACUAUACGGCAAGCUACAUUUACAUCGUUCCUCAUGAUGCAUCCGAAGCUCCGGUUGCUGUCAACGGCCCCGGUAGCUCUGCGCCUGAAACUGCUCAAGGUGGAUCCGCCUCGCCCCGUUGGUCUCCUGAUGGCAAGAAGCUCGCAUAUGCCCAGCAGGACGGCAUCGCGUACGAAUCCGACCGCUUCAAGCUCUACGUCGCCAGCAUCGACGGACUGAACUCUGAAGUUUCCGCAAUAGCAGAGGACUGGGACUCCAGCCCCUCAAGCAUGUCAUGGAGCCACGACGGCAAAGACCUCUGGGUCGUUUCCGAGCUCUACGCGGCAAACCGCCUGUACAUUGUUCCCGCCGACGCCGAUGCCUCCUUCACGCCCAAGAACAUCACUGGUGCUUCGCCCAACCUCGCCGACUUCGCCCUCCUUCCCUCAGGCGAAGCCCUCAUCUCCGCCUCCUCCACCUGGUCCUCCAAGAUUUUCUACACCCAAGGCCCAGACAGCGAGUCGAAGGUUCUCUUUAGCGCGCACGCCGCAGACGCCGAGCUCGCCGGCCUCCUCCCCAACUCCACCACCAACUUCUGGUACACGGGCGGCGACGGCUCCCAAAUCCAGACCUUCGUGUACUACCCGAGCAACUUCACCGCCGACGCCAAGUGGCCCAUGGUCUUCAUGAUCCACGGCGGCCCUCAGUCCUCCCAGGGCGACACCUGGUCCACCCGCUGGAACCUGCGUCUCUGGGCGGAGCAGGGGUUCGUCGUCUUUGUCCCGCAAUUCACGGGGACGCCUUCGUACGGGCAGAACUUUACGGAUGCCAUCACGAACAACUGGGCCGGCACCCCGUACCGCGAUUUCGAAGCCCUCUUUUCCCACAUCGAGGACAACGUCGACUACGUGGAUACCAACCGCGCUGUCGCUGCGGGCGCGUCCUUUGGCGCGUUCAGCAUCAAUUGGAUCCAGGGCCAUGCUUUGGGGCGCAAGUUCAAAGCGCUGGUCAGCCACGACGGCAAGAGCAACCAGUUCGGCGCGUACGCGACCGACGAGCUGUGGUUCAUCCAGCACGACCAGAACGGCACGCUGUGGGAUGAUCGCGAGAAUUACGCGGUGUGGGAUCCGAUGACCCACGCGAAGAACUUUAGCACGCCGCAGUUCAUCGUGCAUAAUGAUCUCGACUACCGCGUUGUCCAAUCCGAUGGCGUUGCGCUGUUCAACGUGCUACAGAGUCGGGGUGUUCCGUCGAGGUUCUUGCACUUUCCCGACGAGGGGCAUUGGGUUGUGAAGAGGGACAAUAGUUUGGUUUGGCAUAAGCAUAUUUUCAAUUGGAUUAGGUACUGGGUUGGGUUGGAGGAUGAACUGAUUAGUGAGGGGGUGAUUGAUCAGUAGACGGACAGGGUGGUGG